AUGUCCCGGUUACCACAAAUAUCCACCCCUGGACGCCUUGGUACCCCUUCCACCCCUGGUGGCGGUACAGGUAUCCCCACUCCUUCCCAUCGCCGCCCCCGUUCCUCGCUCGGUCCUCAGGCAACUCCUCUACAAUUCACAGACGACAUGGAUGCGGCGCUACAAGAAGCUCUUCGAAAUCGACCGCCUUCAUCUCUCAAAGGCAAGUAUGGUCAUCACGAUGAUCCUGAUACUCCCACUCAAUCAGGAUUCCUUCAUCCCGGUAACGCCGGAAUGCCCGCCCCUAGAACUCCUGGUGUAAAACCAAAGGUCUCCUCCUCCCUGGGUCUUGGACAUGCUCCGACGACGCCAGGAGCUUCCAGAUCGGUCUCAAGACCUUCAAUCUCUAGUAGAUCAUCUCUUUCAGCCUCCACAGCGGGAAGUCAUUUCAUCACUCCCCGUCGACCCUCCAUGGCUAGCUCCACUACUUCCGCCACACCCCAUGCCAGAAGACCAGAAUCCAGAGCCAGCAAUGCGUUUGACUCUAUCAGAUUCGCACCGGUCAUCGGAGAUAGAGUCAGAAUGAGCGGUGUCGGUAUGGAAGGGACUUUGAGAUUCCUAGGACCGACACAGUUCAAGGAAGGCGUUUGGGCAGGUGUCGAGUUGGAAGGUGGUUUCGCGGGGAAAGGGAAAAACGAUGGUAGUGUCAACGGUGUCGAAUACUUUCAAUGUUCGCCUAAUUGUGGAAUGUUUGUACUCGCUUCCAAACUCGCCCCUCCCACGUCAGGACCAUCCCGUCCAGCGUCCGUUGCCUCUUCUCAUCACUCCAUGGUGUCCUCCACAGCUUACUCCUUGAAUGGAAGGGCGACCCCCUCUGGUCGCAAUUCCGCUUUGGGUCAGAGGCCCGCCACAACUACCCCAGGACGAGCCACACGUUCAGUCUCGCGUCCUUUCAAAACCAUGACGGUGGAGGAAGAAAUGCCUCAACGCACAUUGCUAGGCAACAGUACCUCUUCUAAUCUGCUGAACGGAAAGAUUACCGCCGGGUCCAGAGCGGCCAAGUAUGUGGGUAUGACAGCGAAACAACUUGAUUCUGCCCGUGCUGGUACUCUAUCCGCCUCUGUCCGAGGCUUAACCGCGAGUAAUGUCACCCCUAAAGCUUCUCGAGUAUCUGGUGUGGGUGUCACUCCUGCUAGAGCAGGGAGACAAAGCCUGGGAGGAGCGAACAUGGCCACGCCCAAGGCUAGAGUACCACGGGGAAGUACGAUCGGAGAGAUGAUGCCUCCUCCUCCUUCCCCUAGCAACAUCACUCGAGUCGUUCAAGCCCAUCAGGUUCAGCUAGAGGAAGAAAUCAAGGAGUUGCGGCGACGCAAUGCGGAGCUGGAAGAGGAGUUGAGGACAUUCAGCGGAUCGGCCGAUGAGCAAGUGGCCGAGUUGCGAGACGCAAAGGAGCAAGCUAAGGAGGAGGCUUUGUUGGCGAAAGAAGAAGCGGAUCGAGUGAGGGAAGAAGCAAUGUCACUCAAGGCUGAACUUGCGGCUGCUCAGGCCGAGGGAGGCUCAAGUGCUGGUGUGGCGGAGGAACUGCGAGCUGCCCAAGUGACGAUGCAAGAGGACCUAAUGGCGAAAGAAAAGGAGUUGAGGGAGAUGAUCAAGGAGAUCAAAUUGGUGGAGGAAAGAGCGGCUAGUGAGCUGGAAGCGGGUAUGGAGGCCAAGAGGAUGGAGAUCAAUCGUGUACAGGAGAGAGCCGAAGCGGCAGAGAGAGAAGGAGAGAGUAUGAGGGCGUUGAUCGAAGAAUUGACAACAGCCGGGCAGGCCGCAAUAUCUCUAUAUGAACAAAAAGUAUCCGACGCAGAGGAGAAAAACUUCGAGCUCGAAGCACAAAUUCGUCAACUAGAAGAACGUCUCCUCAAAGCGAGAGAGGAGCGAGACCGGGCUCUUCUUCCCCCUUCCCCGUCAGCAUUAGCCAAACAAGCCGCCACAGCGGCAGAGAUUGAUAACGAGACGUUGAAUGCCCAGGUGAAACAUCUCCAGAAUCGUCUGCAUAAUCUGGAGGGAGAACUGGAAGACGCUCGAGUUCAAGCGGAAACAGAUGCGGACAACUGGAGAGCUAAACUUGCCAAAGCGAAAGAAGGAGAAAAGGCGGUGUUUGAACAGUUACAGGUACAGAAGGGAGAAGUGACGAGAUUGAACAAGGAAGCGGCGGUGACGAAGUCGAGGAUGGGAGAAUUGGAAGGUGCUUUGAAAGAAAAUCAGGUGGCUUUGGAAGUUUUGAGGGCGGAGGUGGAGACUUUACGUGGGGAUGCUACGGAAGCGGCAUCCUUGCGCGAAGCCCUACAAGACGCCGCCCAGACCGAAAAACAACUUGUUUCUCGCACUUCUGAGCUUUCUGCUCUUCAAGAUAAACUCUCUUCAUUGGAAGCAGCCCGAGAGGAUGUUCUGACAUUGCAUCAGCAAACUGUUGCUAUUCUGGAAGACAAGAUCUCUACCCUCGAGAGGGAUCUAUCAGCGAUCAAGGAGAACGGUCUUCCUGUGGAUUCUCGAGACGGCACGAGGAAAGGAAGAUUAUCCAAUGGAUCAACUGAGGAAAGUAAAAGAAUAGUCGGGUUCCAGCAUAUAAUACAGGAUUUAUCUACGGAGAAUGCGGAUCUGAAAGAUAAACUUCAGAGUUUGGCGGAGGAGGUCGGGAUGCUCAAGGAGGAGAUCAAAUUACUUGAAGAAACUCAAGAAUCACCUCAAGGAGGCAAAGAACUUACAGACACCAAAGCCAUUGUCUUAGCUCAUGCGCAGACCAUCAAAGACCUUCAUCGUGAAGUCUCCGAACUUGAAUCUCUCAUCGAAUCAAAGAUUUAUCGAGAAGAUGAACUUGAAACCCGACUCAUCGAACUCGAACGAGAAGCUGAGCAAUGGCGUCACAAAGCUCCUCAAACACCUCCUGUUCCCACUCCACAUCAUCCCACAUCACCUAUAAUCCACACUUCUCAAGCUGCGGAUAUUCCCGCUUCAAGCUCGGGCAUGUCGUAUAUGACUCAUAGGACCUCUGUAUCGGAUUUCAGUUCAGAAGGAGGGGAAAGAUGUGAAUUAUGUGAAGGACCACAUGAGUUGGAUGCUUGUCCUGUAUUUCAAGGUAAUCUAUCAGCGGGAGGGGGAAGUCCGAAGAGGAAAACAAAGUUUUGUGCGGAUUGUGAGAGUACGGAACAUGACACGGCGGAAUGUCCAUUAUCAGAAGACGUAUUUUGA